AUGACUGGAUUUGAAAUAAAUCAAGAUAACGGUCUCUUUGAGGAGGCAUUGACAUCCAGAAAGGCUGCCGCUGCGGUGUAUGCUCCAUGGACGAUUUGGGUGUGCGCCUUGUUGGUUGGCCGCGACGUCUUCAGGCAGAUGUCGAUCCCCGAACACUGGAUUGCCUCUCAGUACACACAGGUGUCGCCUCUUGCCAUUCCGUAA